AUGUACUACUACGCAAGCAAACUGAAUGAGGCGUCAUGUAGUGGGUGUUCCAUAAAGGUGCCACAAGGGCCCAGUGAAUCUGCUUCAGUGCCAUCUAACUUGGACCAAAUACCGUUGAAUAGUGAUCCUGCCAAUCUCCACGGCUCCGGAUUAUCCUACUACGAUAACGACGACUACUAUUCCAUGGUAAGAGGAAACAAGUUCAUAGCAGAGUCAGGCUUGAAACAUAUUGUCAUGAAUGGAGCACUUAGUUUUGUGUCUGCGCCGAAAAUAGACCCAUCACAGAUUGGCGCGGGCGGCGAGAGGUCGGAGCCGGAAUACCGCGAGGGGCAGCUGGUGAGCGCCACGCUGGACUCGCUGGUGGAGAUGCUGCGCCCGGGCGCCUCGCCAACAUUCACCUUCACCUUCCUGCUCUGCUCGCGGCUCUUCCUCAAGCCGCACGAGCUGCUCUCCAGGCUUUGCAAGCGAUACUUUAAGAACUACGACAAAGUUUGCAACGGCGAGCGCGGCGGGCAGGCGAAGGCGGACUCCAAGGAGUGCCAGGAGCGGGAGCUGGCCGAGAUGGCGGCGCUGGUGCGCGUGCUCACCCACUGGACGGGGAUGUUCCCCUACGACUUCCGCGACGACCGCGUCAUGGCGCUAGUGCGCAGCAUCACGCAGAGGUGCGCGGCGGAGCCGAUGGCGCGGGUGCGCGGUGAGGUGUCCAGCGCCCUGGAGCGCCUCCUGGACAAGCUCACGGCGCUCGAGCACUACGAGGCGAGCCUGAACGACGUGCCGCAGCUGUGCGCCGUCGACCAGCUGCCACAGGGUGACAUCCUCUCCCUGGGCCUGACGCCGGUGGAGCUGGCCAGCCAGCUGACCACGAUCGAGCUGUACCGGCUCUCGUUCGUGGGCCCCGAGGAGUUCGUGCAGGCGUUUGCGCCUACGGCGCCCCUCCCCUCCGCCGCGGCCGCCUCCCCCGCCGCAGCUGCCACCCACUCGGCCCACCCGGCCGCCAUCAGUCUGCGCCACGCCGAGGCUAAGAGCACGCGCAACCUAGAAGCUUACGCGGACUGGUUUAACCGGCUAAGCUACCUGGUCGCCACGGACAUCGUCAAGCCACUGAAGAGUAAGCAGCGUGCGCGCGUCAUGGAGCAGUGGGUGAUGACGGCGCGCGAGUGUUUCAACCUCGGCAACUUCAACUCCCUGAUGGCCAUCAUCAGCGCGCUCAACAUGGCGCCCGUAGCCAGGCUCAAAAAGACGUGGAGCCGCACCUCGGCCGUGUGCGGGCAGCAGCUCAGGCAGCUGGAGCUGUGCGUCGAGCCCGGCGGCAACCACGCGAGGUACCGGGCGGCGCUGGCGGCCGCGCCCCCGGACACGGCGGUGCCGCUGCUCUCCGUCACCUGCCGCGACCUGCACUUCGCCAACCAGGCGCAGCACACCAGGUUGGCCGGGGGCCGGGUGAACUUCGAGAAGUGCUCGGCGCUGGCGCGGCACGUGAGCGCGCAGCUGGCGUCGCGCCGCCUCACCGAGCCGGUGGCGCAGCCCUCGGCCGCCGCGCAGCCCCACGCCCACGCCCACGCGCACCACCUCUCCGCCUGGCACUUCUUCGCUGACAGGCCCGCACUCUCCGAAACAGCGCUGGAGCUGGUGUCGUUCGAGCGCGAGCCGCCCGUAGACCACCUGGAGAAGGAGCGCUUGAAGCGGCUCAAGGGGGCCGCCCCC